CCCCAGUCAAAAAUACGGAUUCGCGACGGGAAGGCCUGUAAUAAGUAUCGCCAUGGCUUAUUGACAUAUAAGAAAUAUUAUUAACGAUAUAUACCUAUAUUGACCACAUUGACAAAAAAGAAAUAUUUAAUAUGGAAAGUAAGAGCUAUUUUGUUUAUCUGGUUUUCGGCAGAAAAAAGAUUUCAAGUUUAAUGUUUAAGCUAGUGAGAUCUUUAGACAACGAUUAUAAAGUUAUGAUUUUGUAUUGUAAUCAUAUGCAUAACACAACAUUGGAUACUCUUCACAUGUGCAGAAGAUUUUUGUUUGCUGAUAAUGCAUUAUCAAGUUAUAACUUUAAUGAGUUUUACACUGAUUGUGUGUCUCAUAGCCUUUGCAGUGACAACAACAACCCUGCAAUUAUAUUAAAUAUUUGUUUACAAGAUGAUUGCUUAUUUCAGUUUAAAUCAUUAUGCUGUUUAUUACCGGCCCAUUUGAAAUUAUAUGUAUUUGUAGAGUUUUGUGAAAAGCAAUAUGCUAUUAUGAAUAUUGAAGAUUUUUUUCCAACAGCUCUAUGGAGAUUUUGGACCAAUUGUUUGGUUAACAGUUAUCUGGACUCUCCAGUUCAGGUUGCCAUUAGAGAUAUUUCUGAAUUAGAUUAUGGAAUUACAUUUUGGGGAUAUGUUGCACAACUAUUAUUGAAAGAAAUUUUUUUAAAACUAAAUUCAGAAAAAAAUGAUGGGAGUUCAACAAAAAUAUCUGUGUUUGUUACAGAAACACAAAUACAGGCAGCUGCUGUAUAUGAUAACAUCCUUAGGUUCUUUAAUGAGCUGCAGUUAUAUUUCGAAUCUUCGAUUGUUUUUAUCUCAAGUUUAGUACAGCCGAAGUUUAGUUGUCAGACCCUUGCUGUAAUUACUUGUAAAGAAAUCUUUUUUAAUAUUCCUCUGUUUGCUUGCAAGCAUUUGAUACUGUAUCAUUCGGUGCAUUGUUACACAGAAUGGAUCCAGUUAAAAAAAAAAGCAAAAAAAGCAGAACGAUGCACUGUUAUAUCUGAUAAUGAUGAAAAGUUUAAGUUGUUCAAUAGAAUUGAUGAAGAGCUUCGAUGUAAAAUGAAUACCAUGACACCACACAAAAGAAAUAGCAUGAAGAAUUUAAGAAAUGAAAUCAGUUAUGACUUUAGCAUUCUUCCAGAGAAUUUACUUCAAGUUAAUAGUAAUAUUAAGACUGAAGACCUUCAGAUAGCCAGUGAAGAUCUAAAUACUAAAGAUAAGCACCAUACUUAUGUGUAUGUAGUUUCUUUUUCUGAUUCAAAAACAAAAGAAUCUGAUUUAAUUGGACUUUGUGUAAAUGCACCACUUCCUUUUAUUUUUCCGUUUGUACUUUUUGACCACUAUCAACCAAAUAAUGUAAAAAUUAAAUUUGGGUUUGAGUAUAACAUGAAAUCAAGUGAAAUGGAAUUGAUUAAAAAGUUUAUGCACUUUAUUUUUCAUGCUGUGCUGAAAAUGACAGUGAUGAGCUAUGAUGGUUAUUUGUGCGUCUUAUUGCAUUUAGAGAAUGGAGUACAUAAAAUUGAUUUCAACAAAAUGAGUUCUAUGAUUGCAGCGCAAAUGAAUUUAUGUGAAACAAAAAUAAACCUCCUUAAAAAUAGACAGGGCUUUAAAACCUAUGACAGAAAUAUAUAUGAAGUGACGAAUAAAACAAAUGAAAUUAAAAUUGUUGAAAAUAUUUGUAACAACACUUUGAAAGUGUCUUUGAAUGGACCAAGUUGUUUAACUGAUUGCGUUAAAAGUUGUCAUCAUAUGCUAGAAAAUAAAGAUAUAAGAAUAAAAAAGUUUUAUGAAAAACAUUACAAUACUCUUUUUAUACAGAUUCAUGUCUCCAAAGAAUGUUUUUUUCAUUUAGACCGCGCAAAAUCUGAAAAAACAAUUUUAGCCUCAGACCCAUUUCCUGAUAAUUCAAAAGCCGUCUCUUACAAAGAAUAUUUUAUGAAAAGAUAUAAUUUAUUUAUUAAUGAUGAUGACCUGAUGGCUCCUUUAAAUUAUUUUAAACCAAAAUUUAAUGCUUUAAACAAGAAGGUUAGUAAUAAAAAAAGAACUAUAAUAUAUUUACCAUUAUCUUUCCUAUGUCCAGUGGACUUUAUUGGCUUGGGUUUGUUGUGCUGUUUUUGUUUGAUGCCUUCUGUUGUUUUUUAUAUUAAGCUUAAUUUAAAUGUUUUUCACAUACAUAGUUCAAUAAAUAAUUUCUCAAAGGAAAAAUGCUUUUCCUUGGAUUAUUUUACUCAUGAAGAAUGUGAUAUUAGUUUAACUUUGGGUACUGCUCCAAAUAAUGUUUCAUCAAAUAAAAGUGUCUAUUCAGAAAGCCAGUCAGAAGAUAUUUUAAAAACUCAUCAUUUUUUUUUACAGUCUCUUGUGGCAGCAAAUGCUGCUUUAGACAUCAACAAUGACUUGCUUGAGUUUUUAGGUGAUUCAGUUCUGAAAUACAUAAUUACAGCAGAAUUACAUUUGGCUUUUCCUGGUGUUAAAAGCACACAAUUAGUUUUUUAUAGAAAUAAAAUUUUGUCAAACAAAUAUUUAUCUGAACUAGGAUUUUUAAGGCAUAUGGACAAAAUAAUAAUAUUUGAAAUAUUUGAACCUGCUAAAGCAUUUUCAUCAAAUAAUUCAAGUAAAAUUCGCACUAUCUUAGAAAAAUUGAGUUUAAAUGAUGCAAACGAAAGAUUACUUGCAAAUGUAGUUGAAGCUUUUAUUGGUGCAUGUUUUUUAACAUUGCCUCAAGAUUCGCUUUACAAUGUGUUUAGAUAUUUUGGCUUUAACAUAAUGAAACUGUCGUUGUUACAUAAAAAUGGCUACUAUAGGGCUAAUUACCCUUUAGAAUGUGCAUCAUUUAAAAGAGUAGAAGCAUUUAAAUCUCUUGAAUUAAAAUUAGGCUACAAGUUUCAAAACCCAACUCUAUAUUUCAAUGCAUGUUUACACCACAGCUAUGCUGAUGUGUUAUAUUUGAAUGGAAAAAAAAACGAAUUUGACAUUGAUGCUGCCAUCAAGCUGGGAACUAAUGAAUGUUUAGAGUUAAUUGGCGAUGCUGUUCUUGACAUAUUAGUUACAAAAGAAAUAUUUAGCAGAAACAAUAUAUCAGGUGCUAACAAAAGUGGCAAUCUUUCUUUUAUUCGCUCUGCCAUAGUUAAUACCUACACUUUCUCUGUAUUAGCCACUGACUUGGAAUUACAUAAACAUUUGAUUUUUAGCUCUUACAAGUUGUCGCAAAAAAUAAUUGAUUGGCUUAAUGUAUUUGAGGAAAUGAAAAAGACUGGAAAUCUCUAUAAUAAAGCGACAUUUAAUUCAUUUGUAGCUUUUCACAACAAUCAAUUUGUAGAAGUACCUAAAGAAUUAGCAAAUAUUUAUGAAGCUAUUGCUGGUGCUGUUUACUUAGAUACUGAUGGUAACUUAGAUGAAGUUUGGCGUGUGUUUUUUCCAUUUAUGAAGAGUUUAAUAGAUUUUGUUUACAACACUAUUCCUCAAUCUAUUUUACAAUUACUUAGUGAGGCACACCCUGAUGUUUCUUUUAAAGAGCUCCCGCCUCAAGUGAACGGCGAAUAUACUUGUGUCAUGUCUUAUGACAAAGAAGAAUUUGUUGCCACUGCAAAAUCUUAUCGCAUCGCAAAAUCGAUUUUAGCCGUAAAGGUUUUUGAAAAACUAAAAAAUAGUUCAGUUUGAUGUUUCUUCUGCCCCUCCGCCUGAAUUUUACUAUACAAUUUGUUUAUUAUAAUAAUUUAUACUUAUACAAUAAAAGCUCACUCUUUCAUUACUCAUUGUUGCAAAUUGUUGAGUUAUACUCGAAGAGCAAUAAGAGUCUAGAUUUUACUGCUGGACUUGUGUUGCUAGAUGGGCUUGUCUUGCCAGCUUGAAUUGUCUUGCCAGCUGAGCUUAUUUUUUUUUAAUUUUUCAUGAAAAAAUAUAUAUGCAAAGAAGCAAUUUUGUUCAUAGUCCAGUUGCUUAAACUGAACUCUCUUUAUACUUUUCAAAUAUAACCAAAGUUUGUAUUUCACCAAAUUGUGAGCUUUUGUUGUGUUAAGUAAUUCUAUAUAUGAGUUUUAUAUUUAAUAUAUGUUUAUAUAUUUUUUAUAUAUAAUAGUUUAUAUAAAGUUUUUUAUAAUCGACUACAAGUUUUGGAAAAUAAAAAUUGUUUAUAAAUAGUUUUUCUUUUUUUCAAAUUUUUUUUUAAAUUUUGAUUAUGUUAUAUAUGAUUUUGAUUUGAUAUAUAUGAUUCUUUCUUGUACUUUUAUCAGAGAUAAUGGGUAUAAGUGGAUUAGCUUUUUGCCAUAAAUAUUUUACUGAGGUCCACAAUUUUUCAGAAGUUAAUCAUAAAUUUUGAUCAUUUUCUUCAAUCC